CCUCCUCCACUACCAACUCCAACUCCCCGGUUCUCGCUCCGCUCGUGAGUGUUGACUCCGCGCCUCUCCGCCGGCUCCGCAGCGCUGCUUCCCAUCCGGUCUCAUUCUGUCCCCUAAAGGUGGGAGCGCGUCCGUCAGGGUCCGCACCAUGGCACGGUUAGGCUUGCUCGCGCUCCUCUGCACCCUGGCCGCGCUCAGCGCCUCGCUGCUGGCUGCGGAGCCCAAGUCGAAAAGUUGUUCGGAAGUGCGACGUCUCUACGUGUCCAAAGGCUUCAACAAGAACGAUGCCCCCCUCUAUGAGAUCAACGGUGACCAUUUGAAGAUCUGUCCCCAGGACUAUACAUGCUGUUCUCAAGAGAUGGAAGAGAAGUACAGCCUGCAAAGUAAAGAUGAUUUCAAAAACGUGGUCAGUGAACAGUGCAACCAUUUGCAAGCCAUCUUUGCAUCCCGUUACAAGAAGUUUGAUGAAUUCUUCAAAGAACUUCUUGAAAAUGCAGAGAAAUCCCUGAAUGAUAUGUUCGUGAAGACAUAUGGCCACUUAUACAUGCAAAAUUCAGAGCUAUUUAAAGAUCUCUUCGUAGAGUUGAAGCGCUACUAUGUGGUGGGAAAUGUGAACCUGGAAGAAAUGUUAAAUGACUUCUGGGCUCGCCUUCUGGAGCGCAUGUUCCGUCUGGUGAACUCCCAGUACCAUUUUACAGAUGAGUACCUGGAAUGUGUGAGCAAAUAUACAGAGCAGCUGAAACCUUUUGGAGACGUCCCUCGGAAACUGAAGCUCCAGGUUACCCGGGCAUUUGUUGCAGCCAGGACCUUCGCUCAAGGCUUAGCAGUUGCAAGGGAUGUAGUGAGCAAAGUCUCUGUGGUGAACCCCACAGCUCAGUGCACCCAUGCGCUGCUGAAGAUGAUUUAUUGCUCUCACUGUCGGGGCCUGGUGACUGUGAAGCCCUGUUACAACUAUUGCUCAAACAUCAUGAGAGGCUGUUUGGCCAACCAAGGAGACCUUGAUUUUGAGUGGAACAAUUUCAUAGAUGCCAUGCUGAUGGUGGCGGAGAGGCUGGAGGGUCCUUUUAACAUUGAGUCCGUUAUGGAUCCCAUCGAUGUGAAGAUUUCUGAUGCUAUCAUGAACAUGCAGGAUAAUAGUGUUCAAGUGUCUCAGAAGGUUUUCCAAGGCUGUGGACCUCCAAAGCCUCUCCCAGCUGGACGAAUUUCUCGCUCCAUCUCUGAAAGUGCCUUCAGUGCUCGAUUUAGACCUUAUCAUCCAGAGCAACGCCCAACCACGGCAGCUGGCACUAGUUUGGACCGACUGGUUACUGAUGUCAAGGAGAAACUGAAACAAGCUAAGAAGUUCUGGUCCUCUCUCCCAAGCACCGUUUGCAAUGAUGAGAGGAUGGCAGCAGGAAAUGAAAAUGAGGAUGACUGCUGGAAUGGCAAGGGCAAAAGCAGGUACCUGUUUGCAGUGACAGGAAAUGGAUUAGCCAACCAGGGCAACAACCCAGAAGUUCAGGUUGACACCAGCAAGCCAGACAUACUGAUCCUUCGUCAGAUCAUGGCCCUUCGAGUUAUGACCAGCAAAAUGAAGAAUGCUUACAAUGGAAAUGAUGUGGACUUCUUUGAUAUCAGUGAUGAGAGUAGUGGAGAGGGAAGUGGAAGCGGAUGUGAAUAUCAGCAGUGCCCUUCGGAGUUCGAGUACAACGCUACUGACCAUUCUGGGAAGAGUGCCAACGAGAAAGCUGACAGUGCUGGUCAUGCCCAUGCAGAGGCAAAGCCCUACCUCCUUGCUGCCCUCUGCAUCCUGUUCCUCGCUGUGCAGGGAGAGUGGAGAUAAUUGUCAAACUCUGAGUAAAAGUGUUCAUCAUCAGAAAGUUCAAAGGCACCAGUUCUCACUUUUUUUUUUUAAUACCAUCCUAGUGACUUUGCUUUUUAAAUGAAUGGACAACAAUGUACAGUUUUUACUGUGUGGCCACUGGUUUAAACAAUGUUGACUUUGUUUUUCUCAUUCAGUUCCAGGAGACAGUGGGGUGUCCUGCCUUUAACUUUGUUCCCCCCCAAUACCCCUCCACCUCCCCACUCCUUUGAGACUCAUGUUAUGCGUGGCUAGCAGUGUAGGUACAGAACUGUAGUUAGUUGUGCAUUGAUGAUCUUGUUUUCUUUGUUGGCUUCUCUCAUUUUGUGGGGUUUUUCUUUUCCAAUGAUGGUCUCACCUUGUUUCUCACAAGAAAACCAGGGUCCUUUCUUGGCAUGUGACAUGUACGUAUUUCUGAAAUAUUAAAUAGCUGUACAGAAGCAGCUUUAUUUAUCAUGUUAUCUUAUUAAAAGAAAAAGCCCAAACAAGCUGAAA